AUGGACGCGGUAGGGCAGCAACUCAACACUCCCGAUUGCAAAUCACUGCUUUCGCGAUUCGUCAGUCGAAACCGUCAUUUCGGUCGACCGACGUACAAUCCGUUUGAAGAGCUACGUAUAAAUCGUUAUUUCUAUCGCGGUCACGUGACUGUUGGCGAGCGGUCUUUCACGAGUCGGUCGUUUCAUCCUCGGAAGAAAGAUGCGGAGCAGGAUGCUGCUUAUGAGGCUAUGAAAGUUUUGUGCCCUCAAAUGCUUGGCGAGAGAAAAAUUUCGAUGCCGUAUGUCAGCAAGGACAGUUUUUUGGUGGAAUCGCAGGAGUAUAAACGUAUUCAGGAUUCUAUACGAGGAGAAGAAGGUAAGAAAAAAGGUUGGAUGCUGCUUCGAUUCGACAACUCACAAACACCACAACAAGACUCCACACAAUAUACCACACCAGCCAUUACACCCCUACCUCCAGUUACACCCCUACCUCCAGUUACACCCCUACCUCCAGUUACACCCCUACCUUCAGUUACACCCCUACCUCACGUUUAUCCACAACUUCUGCAGGAAGGUAUCAACAAUCAGUUCUAUGUGCCAUACAAUUCCCAAACCUACCCUGCCAUGCCAAUGUAUGGCAAUUACGACCAAAGAUCAACCGGUUUUCAUCAAAACCAGAGUGUCACAGUUUCGUAUGCAGACGAUGUUGAAUUAGACGAACUGCAGAGUUUGAAUGCAAUGACUGCAGCUACAAAUGCUAUAAAAACUGGCUAUUCUCUCGUAUCGGCACAUUUUUCACCACAAGCCGCAGUGGAGUAUUCAGUUGCAUCUCAAUGUGUGGUUCCCGAGGCUCGCCCUAUGAGUUUGCCAUAUGCAAUGGCAACAGACUUUAGUACUUAUCAAGGACAACAUUUGUUCUAUGGACAGAGGAAGAAGCAGCCUCUAAUGUCACCACCGCUUGUUGAAUCUCGACAAUCUCACCCUCCUCCCAUGAUGUCUCCACCUUCUGUAACGUCUCCACCUGCUGCAUCAUCGACAGCUUCGUCAACUGGUUCAAACUCUGUUCAGAUGAUUGAAAGAUCCGUGUCUCCACCACCUUACAACGAGCCUCCUCUUGAGCCCAUUUCUCUGUACAAAGUGCGACUGCAGGAGAUCUUACACACAACUCGUUCUCGUGGUCCCGAGUAUGUAAGCUUGAAUGUCGACGGCGGGUUUACAUGUUCGGUUGUCUUAUGUGGUCAAGAGUUUUGUACAAGCAAAGCUUACAAGAACAAGAAGUUGGGACAUUAUGCUGUAGCGUAUGAAGCUCUACGAUGGUUAGAGGGAAGUCAUAAUAGUAAACUACGGCUUUAUAAUGAGGGAAGGUUAUCUACGUGUCAGUUGGUUGAGAGCGGUGGCCGCAUGGUUCUUGAGACGAGGAAGAGGAAGCGUAGUUUUGCAGGAGAUACUCCAUUUGCGAAGAGGUUGAGAAAUGAUGCAAUGCUUCAGCCAUUUCCAUCGAUUAUACCACGAGAUUUGACAGUGGUUGAAAUCUGGACUGAAAGAAAGUGUGUCUGUUUGGUUGGAAAUGACCUCGUCUCCAUACCUUUGUAUUGCCAUGAUUUGGAUGGCAAAUGUUCUCUCUACAACAAGUCAAGUGGACAACAUGUUGUAUUACAGCCAGGUCAUCGUGUGAUCGGAUUGAAUGGUUAUGUGACAGUGUAUGGCGGUCAUGUGGAGCUUGUGGCCAGUGACUGUGAGAACGUUGAAGACGCAGCACCAAACGAUCGUGUUCUCGUCAGCUGUGGAGUAGUUCUCAUACAUCAAAGUAUACCCAAUGGUGCUGCUGGGCCUGUACAUCAAGUGCUGUUGAAAAGAUAUCACAAGUCUUUACCAUUUAUUGAAUUGCUUGGCUUUUUGGGUCAGUUCUUUCGUCGUCUUCUUAACUUCAAAGGCUCGAUUCACGACAGUAUGGAGCAGGUUCAGACUCUUGCAGAGAGAUGUGUGUUUUGGCAGCAAGACGAGGUAGAGGCUAUAAGUAGAAUGGACAUGGCUGCUGCAUUUGAGAGCAAUGUCGUGUCAUUUGAUGAUCGGUGGCAACAAUAUCUGGUUGAACCUCUGUGUAAAGAACUGCAGUUUUUACAGACAAUGGCUGGUGAGGAAUUACAGAGGCGAGCAACAGCCAACAAUCAAACGAAGCAUAAGACCAUACAAUGGGGUUUACCAAAGGGAAACUUCAGACACAGAAAACUGUCAGGUGGCCUUUACAUUGAGUCACCAUUGCUUUGUGCUUUGAGGGAAUUGAAAGAGGAGACGGGCCUUGACGUAGGCAUCGAACAGCUUUUCAAUGCCCCGAGUGUGAUUAUUCACAAGCCGAGUGUCGAUGGAAGACCAUUCAUCCAUCAGGCUGUUGAAAUGUAUUGUUUGUGUGUGUUGCCUCACGUAGAUGGCUGUCAUGAACCUCCAGCAGCGAAAGGUGGGCAUCACGAGGAAUGCUGCUGGUUGCAAAUUGAUGAGGCGAGACGAGUUUGUGCUGCUUAUGACAGAGUUGCGGCUACACAGGAAUGUAGGCAACUUCUAGCUGAGUUGCCACAAUUGGGUGGUUUUACUAGCUGAUAUUUGUAUGGAGAUGGUUUGGAUGUAACGGUUUUAGAGUUGUACAUGUUUUGGUUUGUGUGUUAAGAUUGUGUAUUUAUUAACUAUA